CAACUUCUUCCUCUCUUCUCCAUUGCUUUUCCUUGCCGAUUUCACCCUAUAAAACCCGCACUCAACAUUCAUAUACCCUCAUCUUGUUUAUUCAGGGGUGUUUGAGAACAAAUUCAGAUUGCUACCAUGGUGACUUCCGUGGCCCCAAGAGUAGAGAGCUUGGCAAGCAGUGGGAUUCAGACGAUCCCAAAAGAGUACAUUAGACCCCAGGAAGAGCUGACCAACAUGGGCAACGUCUUUGAAGAAGAGAAGAAAGACGAAGGGUCUCAGGUUCCCACCAUUGACCUCAGAGAUAUUGACUCUGAAGACCCAGAGGUGAGGGAGAGAUGCAGGGAGGAGCUCAAGAAAGCAGCCAUGGAUUGGGGCGUGAUGCACCUAGUCAACCAUGGCAUUUCCGAUGAUCUCAUGGACCGUGUGAAGAAAGCCGGGGAGGCUUUCUUCAAUCUUCCGGUGGAGGAGAAGGAGAAGUAUGCUAAUGACCAGAAAACCGGCCAGAUUCAAGGGUAUGGUAGCAAGCUCGCUAACAAUACUAGUGGGCAGCUAGAGUGGGAGGAUUACUUCUUCCAUCUUGUUUACCCCGAGGAUAAGAGGGACAUGUCCAUUUGGCCUAAAACACCAGCCGAUUACACUGAAUUGACCAGUGUAUAUGCAAAGCAACUGAGAGGCCUUGCAACCAAAAUUCUCUCGGUGCUAUCACUUGGCUUGGGAUUGGAAGAAGGAAGGCUAGAGGAGGAAGUUGGUGGCCUGGAAGAGCUCCUCCUCCAAAUGAAGAUCAACUACUACCCCAAAUGCCCUCAGCCUGAGCUCGCCCUUGGCGUUGAAGCUCACACUGACGUGAGUGCACUCACCUUCAUCCUCCACAACAUGGUGCCCGGUCUCCAACUCUUCUACAAGGGCAAGUGGAUCACGGCUAAAUGCGUUCCAAACUCCAUCGUCAUGCACAUUGGUGACACCAUUGAGAUCCUCAGCAAUGGAAAGUACAAGAGCAUUCUCCACAGGGGUGUGGUUAACAAGGAGAAGGUUAGGAUUUCGUGGGCAGUUUUCUGUGAACCUCCUAAGGAGAAGAUCAUCCUCAAGCCACUGCCAGAGACGGUGUCAGAGACAGAGGCUGCGAUGUUCCCUCCUCGCACCUUCCAGCAGCAUAUUCAGCAUAAGUUGUUCAAGAAGACCCAGGAUCUGCAGGCUCCUGCUAAAUGAGUCCAGAUUAUUAAAGAAUGAACGUUACAUAUAGAAUUUCAUCUUGUUAUUUCUUUCAGUGGUUACAGGACACUUCUGAUAUAUGGUAAAGUUGAGAUUGAAGUUCUGGUUGUUACCUCAGUGGAUAUGUUUGGCUGCAUUAUGGAAUAAAAUGAAUUUGUUCGUCUGCAAUUCUAUGGUUGUUACCAAACAGUACCUUGUAUUAAUUCUGUAUUCAUUGUCAUCAAACCUGUUAAAUAGAACCUUACUUUUGCCCUGUUGCAAUUACAGAUU